AUGGACUCUACUUUGGGCAGUCUCUCCAUGCCAGGCCUGGCUCAAUCGCACGUCCAAGUGCGGACCUGCAUCCACUGUCGCCAUCGCAGAGUCAAAUGCGACCGCCAAUUCCCCCAAUGCUCUAAUUGCAUCAGAUCCGAAGUCAACUGUAUCUACCCUCCCGGUAGAGGGAGAGCACCAAAGAGGCCGAAGCGCAGCCUUGCGCCUCAACUAUCGGAGCGUUUGUCCCGCCUUGAGAGCAUCAUUGGACAGUUCGGUGCUGCUGCCAGAGACAACCAGGAUACCCCGCAGACUGCGCAAGACAGUGAGGGCCAUUCGUUUGAGCAGGACUUUAGUCGUCUCAAGGUUGACGAGUCAAAGAGUUACUAUGUGAACAAUGCAUUAUGGGUCACUUUAUCCAAUGAGGUUGAGGAGCUACGUGAUCUUUUAUUUGAGCCUGCUAGUGAGGACGCUGGCUACGAGCCUUCAAUCGCUUCAUCAGCCACCACCGCCGCUACCUCACCAUCAGAUCCUCAGUUAGGACUCAAUGCCGCUAUUUUUGGCUACCGCGCAAUUGCUUCACCUCUCUAUCACUACCAUCCCUCACUGCAACAAGCUGUCACGCUCUUUGCCGCAUUCAGUGAGAAUGUCGCGCCGCUCGUCCGCAUAUUUCACAUGCCGACCUUGACAAGAAUCUACUGGGAUGCCAUCGCUUCUCUUGGCACCGUCGACAAGCAUACCGAGACCCUGUUAUUUACUAUCCAUUAUUCAGCUGUCAUCAGUCUCAACCCGGAGCAAUGUCUCAAUAUUCUGGAUGAGACUCGUGAAGCGGCACUGGAAAGAUAUCGAUUUGCAGUUGAACAGGCUCUCGCUCAAGGCAACCUCCUCAGCACUCAGAGCAUGACCAUGUUGCAGGCCGCAGUACUCUUUUUGUCUGCACUACCAAAUGAAGAUGAUUCGCGCGCUGCAUGGGCACUCACAUCGCUGGUCUUUCACAUCGCAAGGACAAUGGGUCUUCAUCGCGAUGGCACCAUCUUCGGGCUAAAACCCUUUGAGACUGAGCUGCGCCGCCGGUUAUGGUGGCAGAUCUGCAUCAUUGAUAGUCGCUCGUCAGAAUAUCACUGCAAUGAGCCUAUUGCGCAGGGCUUCAUCACAGAUACAAAGCCUCCACUGCACAUCAACGAUGUUGACUUGUCACCUGAGAUGGUGGAGCCUCCAGCUGAAAGAUGGGACCACGCGACUGAUAUGACGCUCACGUCGAUUCGAUGUGAGGCUAUACAGACAGGUCUGAAGUUGGGUCGCAUGAGACACAAGCAGAACAAAACAUCAGACGAUGGAGGUACCCCAAGGGUAGAUGACGCCUCUGAUUCUCCCAAGAGUCUGGCUCAAGAAUUGGAAAGUCGAUUGCGGGAUAAAUAUCUGCCUAUCUGCGAUACUUCAGUACCAUUUCAACUUCUAUCUUCAGCGGUGGCACAGAUCAUCCUCGGACGAUUUUGGCUUAUUACCCAGUACUCAGUAGUGUCACGGGAAAAGGGUGUCGAUGGUAAAAGCACGAGUACCCAAUUCCCUCCUACUCCCAACACCGCAGGCCAGCUAGAGAACAGAGUACGCGAUGAGCUCUUCCAGACUUCGAUCAAGAUACUUGAGGUAUCAGGCAUGCUUCUCACAAACAAAGAGAUCAUACAGUUCACAUGGUACUCCAAGACUCACAUCCAGUGGGGUGCCAUGGCAUUUGUCCUCUCUGAGCUUUGCGCUCGACCUCAAUCACCGCAAUGUGAUCAGGCUUGGGACUGUGUAACGACAGUUUACGAGGGAUGGAAAGUCGAUGAGAGCAGGCAAGAUGAGACUCGCCUUGCCUUGUGGAGACCUAUAAAGAGGCUCAUGGCUAAGGCUCGCUAUGUUAAAGAGAUGCAGCAGACUACUCCAGGGCGGUCGUCCAACACUGGUCGUAAGGUUCAGAGAAGAGAUCCGGUCUUGUACUCUCCUUCACCGGGGCUUUUUUCGCAGUAUCCAACACCAGCGUACUCUAAUAGUUGGUAUGGACCGUUGCAGCAGACACCACCUUCGAUAUCAGCGUCAGAAGCAUCGCUACCCGGUAUGUCAUCAGUGCCACUUGAUGGUUCUAGUCAGUCGGAUGCUUUGCAAAGAGUGCUUGGCACGGAACCUUUAGGCCCUUUUAUGGACAUGAUUCCGGAAUGGCCUUGGGUAGAUGCUGAACAUGGGGCUUCAUCUCUGGCGGGGUUUGAUCUUGGGCCACCGAGAUUCAAUUGA